GUCGUUCCGACCGUACAUUAACAGCUACGACAUAAUUGAGUUCAUGUUAAACAGGAACCAUUCCCGGGAACAAAACAGUGAAUGCACUGUCAAAUCAAGGACGCCAAAGGGUUUGGCUGAUAGCAAUUUAUGCAGUUCAGAGAAUCAGGUGACGAAUUAUCCACUUCACUCGUGUCACCUUAGAGGUUAGGUCUGAUUACCAAUAGCUGGAAAAAGAGGAGAAUCAACAACAUGUCAACGGAAAGAUUUAAAUUCGGGCAAGAGAAAAUCGACAUGGGCGACCUACCACGAGAUACAAAGACGAGCCCAGAGAAAAUGGCUGACUACUCGGAGAAGGCGUAUGGCAGACCAGACUACGACGAGAGCCCAAAAGAAGGCACACGGAAGAUCGUCAACGAGUUCGUCGACAACGCGACCACGCACGGAAUCCCUCGAGUUCUGAACGCGUCCCGCCCGUGGCAAUCACGUCUGUUUUGGUGCGUGGUCACCUUGAUCUUUGCGGGUGUCUUCCUCUUUCAGGGUUCGAAGCUCGUCCAGUCCUACAUCGCUCGACCGACCACGACCAAAAUCUCACUCAUCACCAAAUCGAGGCUCGAAUUCCCCGCCGUCACCAUCUGUAAUCUGAACAUGCUGCGACGAUCGAUGUUGAAGGGUACCCGUUUCGAGACACUGGCAGCUUUAGAUCGAAAUCACAAAGUUGACGGGAUUGGACUGGAAGAUUCCGACUAUAGUUGGUUCUUCUCAGACUCGUCAUCAGGAGAAGAAACAACAACAGAUGGAAAAACAGCUGAAGAAGAUACCACUUCUCUUCCGUAUCGGGGCCGUCGUGCACUCAAUGCUGAGUCUUCUUAUAGCGACGAAUACGAUUACUCCGGCAUCGAGGACAUCGAAGACCCGAACGACUGGGAGGCAUUGUACAAUCUUUCGAAGGGGAGCGACUAUAAUAAUUUUAAGAAUUUUGUCAAACCGACAAAAGAGGAGUUGCGUACGCUUGGACACAAGGCCAAAGAUUUUAUUCUACAAUGCUCCUUCGAUACAGAGGCAUGCAGCUAUGAAAAUUUCACCGUCAUCCAGAACGCUGAGUAUGGGAAUUGUUUCGUGUUUAACAACGCACAUAAAUUGAAGAGGGGGAAGCGCACGACGACAUCAAGAACAGGAUCUCAGUAUGGCCUUCAACUGACAUUGAUGGUGGAGCAGCCCGAGUACAUCGGUAUUCUCAGCCCCAAUUCAGGGGUCAAAGUCGCUAUCAAAGACCCCCGCAUCUACGCGUUCCCCGAGGACGAUGGCAUCGAGGCAGCACCUGGCUUUGCGACCUCCAUCGGACUCACAAAGACCUCCAUUUCUCGACUCCCUGAGCCCUACGGCAAUUGUAUAAGAAAACAUGAUUCAUUCUAUGCUCCGGAAAAAUACGACUUCUCCCAGCGUUCAUGUUUAAAACUUUGCCUUCAGGAAACCCUGAACGAGACGUGUUCAUGCAUCACUGACGUUCUCAUCGAUGGAACCAUGUGUGAGGUCAUUAACAGAGAACAAGGAAAUUGCAGGAACAGCGUCUUUAAAGACUUUCUGAAAAACAAACUUAAUUGUGACUGUUCAAACGCUUGUAGUGAAACUGUGUUCAAACCGAGGAUAGCAAUUUCAAGAUGGCCUACCGCAAGAUACGAGGCUCAUUUGUAUGACAGCCUGGCCAGUAUCAACAAGAAAGCAGCUCGAAUUCUUACAAAUGUGGCGCAAUCGAGAAACAAUCUUGUGCGCCUUUCUGUGUUUUAUGAAGAACUCAACUUCGAGAAUGUCGUGGAAACUCCAUUGAUAACGGUCGAAUCUCUUUUCGGAAGUUUAGGUGGAUUAUUGGGUCUCUACAUAGGAAUGUCUUUCAUAUCAGUGACAGAGAUACUGGUCUUCAUCUUCGAGUUACUUCGCUCUGUCUGCUGCCAUAAAGGCUAUCCUUCCAAACAUACUAAGGUUUCUGGACGCUGAGUCUGCCACGAGCGACUUCAGAGACUACAAAUCUCAGCAGCCCGCGGCUUGUAUUCUCUGCACCGAUUCGGACCCAUACUGCAAAACUCUCCAAUGCGACCCUCACUGGCUGCCUGUCAUGCCUGAACGUCGAGUGGUUGCGUUCAAAACCCUUCUAUUCGUAAACAAGGCUUUUCAUUAGCUUUGUCCAGAAUACAUCAGGACCCUGUUUUCUAAACACUUAUCAUCGAUAAUAAAUGCUAAAAUGCUGUGAUAAAUUAGCUCUCAGCCAAUCGAAUGCCGCGAUUUUAGAAGCUUAUAACAGUUUUUGUAAUUAGUUAUUGAUAACCAGUUCUUAUUUAUAACAAGUUUAAUGACGCAGGGCCCAGGACUUGCCUCGUUUGUCGACCCUCAAACAAGCCUGCUUUAAUCGGUCUUUAUCUUCUGUACAUAUGGUUGACUGAGCUCCUCUCCAAGAGUGUUUUUCCACCAACCACCAGUGAUAUUUUGUGAGCCUUCAUUAAUCAUUUUUGUUCAUUUUCUACGUCAGAUUGCUUAAAUUCACUGUUUUCAAACACGUGCGUCUGGUGACGUAGCCACUAGACCAAGAUACCUGUACAUAAAUGUUUCAUGACUGGAUUCGGUAAUAAUUUGUACCAAAAACAAGAGGGAUAAAGCUAAAUGUCUCUUACUGACUUAAAGUAAAAAUAUAUCGUAUGCAGCUGUGUAGCUUCUGUUGUAAAUUUCUGAAAUAUAUGUCUAUGAUUUUCUUAAGCAACUCCUAGCAACGGUUAUAUCUAGCAUGGCAAAUUUUUAGACAAUAUAAAUAACUUCAACUGUAAAAAGCUGGACAUACAGCAUGUGCUGAAUUUUCACAUCCACGUUAUUAGUGCUUUAAUGUGUAAACUUCAAAUCUAUUUUUAGACAGUUCUACAUUUGUGCAUCGUGUGUGUGUAUAUAUCGUCACCUCUUAUUGUUGUUAAAUCUCGUACGAUAUGUUCUUGGAAUGUUACAAAUGCACGUGCAUGUUCACUUUGAAAGUGGCAUAUGCUAUUUUCAACCUUUAAAGGUUUACCAUUGUGAUGUUAUGUAUUUUCAAAUUAUAUGGAUCUGUUAUUCUAAUACAUGUACCAAAUAAUGCCAUGUGUGUAUAUAUAUAUAUAUAUAUGUAUCAAUGGAAACUUAGCUGCUAAAUAAAAUAAUAUGAAAUGAAAUUAUGGCAAUUCAGUUCCUUUAGUUUUAGUCACGUGAAUAUAUCUCGAAAUAAUUUAAACUUCGUGUUUGUUGGGUGCCAGAAGAACAUGCCGAACGCUUAUUCGUAACAUGUUCCUAAAAGUUAUUGCCCUUCUGGCAUAUAUGGCUAUCAGCAGAAGCCUUAUUUCGAGCCAAGAAAUGUUUCCUACCAAUAGGACCCUUUGGAACAUUAAAGACAUCUUUUUACAAUGUUAAAUCUGAGAUGCACGACUCUGCGUGUUAUCAGUGUCUGUGAUAUAGUGUAAUAUUGAAGCCCUAAAG